AUGGCACGUCAUUCUGGCUUCGUGACUCAGAGCCCGGUCACUGAGCUGAACUUGACAGUCUCUGCCGUCGGGAUCGCCUUCGAGAAAGACCUCAAGGAUGAGGAAUCCAAGCCCCCAAGUCGCCCCAACAGCCGGCCGGCAACCCCUCCGGCCUACUACUACUUCCCCGCCAACCACAGGCACACCAUCCCGGCACCGGCGCGUGCCAAACUUGUCCGUAAAGCCAGCUACACCCGCCGCCGCGAAGACAUCCCGCCCGUCCCUGCCAUUCCUUACCCACACCCGGACUGCCUCGGUAUCAUGCUGCCCAUCCCCGAGCCGCUGCCGCCGCUGCCGGAACUCGCGACGACGCCGGUCCGGAUGCCAGCCAUCAAGGUCACGCCAGCCACGGCGCCGGCCUGCCUGUGCCCGGGGAACGGGAAGCACAUGCCGCCAGCGCCGAACAAGGAUAAGCCGUGCCCGCCACCGCCCGGGACGGCUUGGGCCAAGGACUGGGAGCAGCUCGCCGUAGACGCUGGCGUAAGCCGGAAUGAGAGAGAGGGUGUGGAACGGGUACCCUUGAUGGGAGGUCGGAGGCCCGCAAGACAGCAUUGA